AAAUCCACCACCAGGUGCACAACCGGAAUCACCAACUGCCAGAACCAUCAACCCAAACUUGGGCAGCGAGACAGAAGUUGGACGACGGCGAACGUUACUUAUUUGAUACCCCCACACAAACUCUGCGAGCCACGGCACACUUUCUCUUCGCUUUGCCUUCUGCCCGCGGCUUGGACGUCGACGUCGCAAUCGGAAAAGCUAGCCAUCCAUAAAUCGAACCCCUCCAUACAGCGCAAGAACGUCCCGAGUGACGAAACACCGCAAUCAUGGCGACCACAGUUGACAAGAUCAAAGAUAUCGAGGCCGAAAUGGCCAAGACCCAAAAGAACAAGGCUACGUCCUUCCAUUUGGGUCAACUGAAAGCCAAGCUCGCCAAGCUCAAGCGUGAGCUCUUGACGCCCUCGGGUGGUGGCGGCGGCGGCGGUGCCGGCUUCGACGUUGCGCGUACGGGUGUCGCGAGUAUCGGCUUCAUCGGCUUCCCGUCCGUGGGAAAGAGUACCCUAAUGAGCAAGUUGACGGGCCAGCACUCCGAGGCCGCGGCGUACGAGUUCACGACGUUGACGUCCGUUCCGGGUCAGGUCACUUACAAUGGUGCGCCGUUGCAAAUCAUUGAUUUGCCGGGUAUCAUUGAAGGAGCCAAGGACGGCCGCGGUCGUGGUCGCCAGGUCAUCGCCGUCGCAAAGACGUGCCAUCUCAUCUUCAUCGUCCUCGACGUCAACAAGCCCCUGACGGACAAGCGUGUCAUCGAGACGGAACUCGAAGGCUUCGGCAUCCGCAUCAACAAGUCGCCGCCAAAUAUCACCUUCAAGAAGAAGGAAAAGGGCGGCCUCAACAUUACGAGCACCGUGCCCCUCACCCACAUUGACCACGACGAGAUCAAGGCCGUCAUGAACGAGUACCGCAUCAACUCGGCCGACAUUGCCAUCCGCUGCGACGCCACCGUUGACGACCUCAUUGACGUUCUCGAGGCGAGGAGCAGAAACUACAUCCCCGUCAUCUACGUCCUCAACAAGAUUGAUGCCAUCAGUAUCGAGGAGCUCGACUUGCUCUACCGUAUCCCGAACGCCGUGCCGAUCAGUUCGGAGCAGGGAUGGAACAUUGAUGAGCUGAUGGAGGCAAUGUGGGAUAAGCUCAAGCUGGUUCGCGUUUAUACGAAGCCAAAGGGCAAACUGCCAGAUUACUCUCAGCCCGUCGUGCUCCGUUCAAACAGGUGCACGGUCGAAGAUUUCUGUAACCAAAUUCACAGGAGUAUCCUUGAACAAUUCAAGACCGCCAUUGUGUACGGCAAGUCCGUAAAGCAUCAGCCUCAGCGCGUCGGUCUAUCUCACGAGCUAGCCGACGAGGAUAUCGUCACAAUCGUCAAGCGCUGACGAACGCGGCGACGAGCUAAAACUCGGCGGCGCAUGGCGGCCGUUUGUCGUCAUGCUUCUCCCCACGCCGCCUCAAGAUGCCUUGCCUGGCCCAAGGAGAAACAAGCCCAGCCCAGCCCAGACCCAGACUUUCAGCCCGCCUUCGGGGUCCUCCUCGUCCGCAGACCCCCAUUUUGGCGAAGGGAACACAAAAUUCAAGCCACUUGCCUCUUUCCUCCGCCAUCAUCCCCCCUCCACGCCCCCUUCCCUCCAAGUUACCUGCCGCGAUCUUACUCGAGUCCCGAUUCCAUGGCAUCGUGUGCAAACUAGAAAGAAAAAUAGGAGAAGGACGCUACCCUACCUCCUUUCAAAAGCCAAAAUUGAAACGAAAGGAACCGACCGACCCCUACUGCAUCUUACGCGCGUAAGCUCUAAGCCAAGGCCGGGAAACACAAUGGCACUGUUUGGUUGCGACUCUCUCUCCUUUUUUCUAAGGAACAAGGCUGAGCUGAGCGAGUGAGAAGAGUGUGUGGGGUUUUUUGCAGUCUUGGUACGCUACCUACUUUUCCUUACCGAGCAUGGGAUGUGGGAAUGUGUGUUGGCCGCAAGCAGACAUUUCGUGGCGGGUGGGGGAAAAGGGGGAGGUUAGAGAUCCCCCCCCUUUGAUGGGCGGCGUCGAGGCAUCUUCCCUGCUCUCUAUCUUGUUUUCUUGCCGCCGAGAUUUCGAUGGGAGACGGGAGCUGCGGAGGGAUGGAUGGAAGGAUGUGUUUGACGGGGAUCAAGGGCGAUGUUGGUUUCUGCAGUCCAGGCAAGCGUUUAUACGGUAUCACCAUGCUACUUUUUGCAUUACAGAGGAGAGAGAGAGGAAGAUAAAGAGGUGAAAAGGAAGGGAGGAAAAAGGAGUGGUGGGAGUUCAGGCUUGCAACAAAAAAAAAAAGUGAUUUGUUCUCAAUCAAAACGGCCUCUGGCAGCAGAGA